GAGGGAUGGGGCUGCGGUGGGUUUGGGGGAAGAGGCUCAGAUAAGGCUUUGGCCCAGGAAGUUACAUAACUCUGAGAGGCGGGCCUGGACUUAACCUACAUCAUAGCAUUUUUUCCCUGCAGGCCUCCCUGUGGCCUUUCUGGUUUUCUGGUGCUGAGACCCUCGACACAUUAAAAUGCUGAAGGGGCAUUCUUUUAGUAAGGCAUUGCUGAUCUGCACCCUCCUAACUAUAGCUACAGAUGCUGUCGGACCUCUUCCUUCUCCAGUCCAGCCCUUACCCACCCUUACUUUCCUUCCUCUGCCUUCAGCUUCAAGGAGAAAUCGAAGGAGUACAGAUAUGGAAAGCCCACUUACAAAAAAACCCAGCCCUUUUCAAUACUAAGGGUCCUGUGCUUCAUCAGGUAAUAAAGCUCUUACAAUCAAAAUACCACUACAAAGAAGAGGCUGAAGUCAUCUGUGAUAAAGUUCAAGUUAAACUGAGCAAGGAGUGCUUUCAUCCCUAUAGUACAUGCAUUACAGAUGUGAGGACUUCCCACUGGGAAGAAGCAAUCCAGGAGACCAAAGGUGGUGCCGACAACAGGAAAUUGGCUGAGGAAUGUUAUUUCCUGUGGAAAUCUACACGCUUACAGCACAUGACCCUAGAAGAAGAUGUCAAAGCCAUGCUCACUGAACUUCGUAAAGAGGUCCGCCUACUCUUGUUAACAAACGGUGACAGACAGACACAGAGGGAAAAGAUCGAGGCUUGUGCCUGCCAGUCUUACUUUGAUGCCAUUGUUGUAGGAGGAGAACAGAAGGAAGAGAAACCAGCACCUUCCAUAUUUUAUCACUGCUGUGAUCUUCUUGGAGUGCAGCCAGGGGACUGUGUGAUGGUCGGUGACACACUAGAAACCGAUAUACAAGGAGGCCUGAAUGCAGGACUGAAAGCCACGGUCUGGAUAAACAAGAGUGGAGGAGUGCCACUGACAUCGGCCCCCAUGCCUCACUAUAUGGUUUCCUCUGUGUUAGAAUUACCUGCUCUCUUGCAAAGCAUAGAUUGCAAAGUCAGCAUGUCUGUGUAAAUACAGAAGGGCACAGUGACCACGUUCAGAGCCAGUUUCCAGGAUGACAACUAAGGAAAGCUAAGGUGUUCUGUAUAUUUUGUUCAAUUCUAAGAAUAAUGUGAGUGAGGAAUUCAUAGUCAAGCUGUGAAGAUCCUCCCAACCCUGCUGCUGUUGAUAACCAUAGGCUUGUAUCAUGUCAGAAAUCCAGGUUUUAAUCAUGUAGUCCAAAAAACUUGAAGAAAGGCAGAAUAGCUUAUAUGAUGAUAUACAGGUACUGAUUUCUAGAGUAGAAAUAGAUUUUUUUAAAAAAAUAGAUAUUCUAAAAUAGAGAUUCAGGCAGCUGAAUCGGAUUAGUAUAAAUACUAAAUCACAAAUCAAGACAUUUCAUAGUGAAAUUUUACAUAUUUUAGGCAAAUUUUUGUUAUAAAUAUUGUGCCUACUUUCAAUGUAUAUGUUCUUACCUGUUAUCUAAUUUUUCUGCAUGACUUUCGGAGGGCUGAAUUUUCUGUGGUGUGAUCAUAACAGAUUGUUAUAGUGUGGGGAAAACUAUUAAAAAUCAAACCAUGGUGCUUUUUCUCCAUACCAUUUUCAUACUUGUAGAGUGAGCUUGUGACUCCUAAAGAGUGAAGACUACCUUUUCUCCAGCUUACUGUGGAGAGCAUUGGGCAUUUUGCUUAAGUGCUAGCCAUGUGACACCACCAGUCAUUUUGUUCCUUUGGGUUCACAAGAAGAGACUUACCUCCAUGUGCUCUGAGCAGGUUGUUUCCCCACUGGUCUGAUCUCUGGUGACUAAUCCCCCAGGUGACCAAACUAGUAGAGAAAGUUAGGUUUGAAAGCUGGGUGUAGUGCCACACACCUUCGAUCCCAGCGCUCAGUAGGCAGGACCAGAUGUAUCUCUAAGAGCAGCCUGAGCUACAUAGCAGUCUCAGAACCAAACAAACAAACAAAACAAGUACUUGAAUGGCUUUCACAGUUACCUCUGUCUUAAGUUUGUUUUCAUACUUUGAAGAGCACUGUGUAUCUCUAGAGCUCACCUGGAGCUUGAUUAGUAUGCCAAGGUAACAUUGGCAACCAGAGAAUUUCCCCUAGACCAAACGGUGACUAGUCAUGAGUUCAUAAACAGACUCAGAAUGGAUCGCUAAUACAGGUAAAAUGGUAGUGAAAUAGAACGUUUAGCCACCCCACAAGUAGUAGACACAGAUAUGCCAGGUCAUACCUACUAUACUAACUGAAGGUUAAUCAUUGCUAAGAUGUUAGCAGUUCUUUAACAAAAGUAGUCUAGGAGAAAUACAAGGGUAAAAUGAUGUCUCCAUUGCAUAUCCCAGACAGUUGAGCAUGUAACAUCCCAGUCUUCCCAUGCCUUCCUCAGGAAAGAGCUUUGAUAUGUUACAUAGAUAGUAAAGAAUUUGAUAGGCCUAUGAUAUUACCAGUGCUUUCUAGGUUGUUAGAAUUCUUUAAAAUUAAACAAUGAUAGUGUUUUGUCAUCUCUAUUAUUGUGUAGUUUUCCCAGGAAUGGCAUCCUCAUACAAAGCCAGGCGCUCUCAGUUGUCCAGAGGGCCCAGAGCACUGCAGCGAAGACGAAUGCCUAGAGUAGAUGGGGCAGGGCACUAAGCUGGGUGUUGACAGUGGGCAUGCUCUAAGUCUGUGGCAUUCUCCACUGUGUAAGGAUAGAUCUACUGCAAGGAUUUUCUUGAAGAAGUCCUUGUCGUUGGUUAAUGACCUUCUAACUGAUUUAUAGCUCUCAGUAAACAUUCUUCAAGCUUUGGUGUAAUUCUGCGGUAGAGUACUCAGCCAGCAUGCACAAGGCCUUGGGUUUGGUUCUCAGUACUGGAAAAAAAUUGCCAUAACUCCUCAAACACAUUUAAUUAUAAUGAGCAUAUUAUUAUAUGCCUGCUAAACAUAGCCUUGUAUGUUAUUUAUAUAUUCAUAUAGAACUCUGAUAUUUUUCAUUCAAUUUUUAAAUGGAAAUAUAUUUCAAUCAUAUAUGAAAAAAAAAAACGUUACUUAGACACAGUUGGAGAAAAGGAGAAUGGCCAAAGGCUCGUGAAGUGACGGAAGCGGAGCUGGAUUCGUAGCCCCUGCCCCAGUCUGGAUUGGCUUGCUCCCCACAUAGCUGUAUCCUGUGGUUCCCCUUUUAUCUCUUAGCUUGGAUUUCUAGGUGUCUGUGUCCUGUAUGACCCCUCUUUAUUUCUGUCAUUUGGGUGCUGAGCAUCUUAGGUUUCUUAGAAAUAAGGUGAGGCAAAAUUACCAAGCUUGUAAAUGCAGCAGUGCACAUCUAGACAGCAUUUUCAUUUGGGCUGCCCAGGGUAUUGUUUGUGCUUUAAUGGCCAUUUGUGUGUGGUGAGGUUCUUUUUCUCUCCUGUAGUUCUGGGAACUCAAGCAGUCAAUGGGGGUGGUAUUGAUGAGAAUUUUUCUCUAUUUGCUCCUCUGAACCCUUCCAAAAGCUCAGUAUUCUUUGGUCCUGGGAAAUGCUGUACAAAUGUGUAUGAAUGUUUUUCCUGCAUGUAUGUAUAUACACCAUAUAUGUGCAGAGGUCAGAUGAGGGCCUUGAAUUUUCUGGAACUGAAAUCAAAGAUAGUUUGAGCCUUUAUCUGGGUGCUAGGAAUUGAACCAAGGUCUUGCAAGAGCUCUUAACCACUGAAUCAUCUCUGCAGCUUAUUUUGAAUGCCUCCGUACUACCUUGGGUUUGUAGGGAUUGUUUUUUUGUUUUAAUCUUUUUAUGGAACUACUGCUGUUCAGAUGUUAGAUACCCUUCCACACUUUGUUUUGCUUCUGUUAACUUUUUGAGAUGUUUCUUCAACUUUAUCUUGUAAUCCUCAUGGCCCUUCCCCCCACUGCUAUCAUACUUAAAGUUUUCAAGAGCUA